GCCUGUAACUAACUUCUCACCGUAGUGUUUGCUUUUGCCAGCCAUGUUGACCUGUGUGAGACUGUAUUUUCAGAAUUUCGCUAGAACUUAAGGGUGCAUCUGUUUAAAUAAGAAACAUUAUGCCCAAGUGUGAUGUUAAAACUAGAUAUAUACCGGCUACAUUUGCAUGGACGUUGCUCAUCGUUGCCACCUCUUUAUUCUUUUAUUAUCCGGCCCAGUAUUAUCUCGCAGAUCACCCAUGGGUUCCAGCAUGCCAAGGUGUUAUCACUUUCUUCGUCUUAGCGAAUUUCACUUUAGCAACUUUUAUGGACCCAGGAGUUAUACCCAAAGCACCUCCUGAUGAAGAUAGGGAAGAUGACUUUAGAGCACCUCUUUACAAAAAUGUUGACAUAAAUGGUAUUACUGUCAGAAUGAAAUGGUGUGUUACAUGUAAAUUUUACAGACCACCAAGGUGUUCUCAUUGUAGUGUAUGUAAUCAUUGUAUAGAGACUUUUGACCAUCAUUGUCCAUGGGUCAAUAAUUGUAUUGGAAGAAGGAACUACCGAUUCUUCUUUUUCUUCCUCAUAUCAUUAAGUAUACACAUGAUUAGUAUCUUCACAUUGAGCCUCAUCUUUAUACUAAAGAAUGGGGACGUUUAUACUAAACCACAGCCAAUUAUAGCUAUGGUAUUAAUGGCACUUGUGGCCUUACUUUCCAUACCAAUAUUUGGGUUGACAGGUUUUCACAUGGUAUUGGUAUCCAGAGGUCGAACUACGAACGAACAAGUAACUGGGAAAUUCAAAGGUGGUUACAACCCUUUUUCUAGAGGUUGUUGGGAUAAUUGUUGUUAUACUCAGUUUGGUCCACAAUUUCCAAGUUUAAUAAAACCACAUAAAUAUCACAUAAAACGAAAGCAUUGUCCACAUGGUCCAAUUGCUACGAUUACGAACGAAAGUCAAGUCAAAACUUAUAUGGAUAAUAGUAAUGGAGUUAGAAAUAUUAAUUCUAAUGCAUAUAAUAAAAUGUCACCGGGUCGUGACGGGUGCGAAUUAGACAUGGAACCUUCAGCGUCCCAAUCUCAAGACUGUGAACCGACGCCCCCAUUACAGAGGCACGGCUCAAAAAGCAAUUUCUUCCUACCGUCGGCGGCUACUGUCGACGUCGAAUCUCCAAGGCACCCAACACAAGUGUUGCCAACUCCAGGCAGGCCGAUGCCUCUUUACACUCGUAGCAGUCCCCAUCCUCGACCGAGAGGAUUAGAUUCAAAUCGCAGCGGUACUCCCGAUGCUUUAGGAGGACAACAAAGGCCGUCGCCUACGAUGCAGCAGAGGAUAAAAGCGUUAGGAGUACCAACACCUUUGACUCUUUCUACACCAGUCAGACGAUCUAACCCAAGUACUCCGACUCAGCCUCGAAGACCAGACUUCAUCGGUGUGGUUUACUCAAACCAAACCCCCCAGUACUACGACUUCCAGUCCCAGGAUAACCCUGUCCAACGCCAGAUGAUGCCCCAAGGAUACGGUAGUCCUCAACGUCGCUUCAUGUCCGAAGGAGAAUUGGUAAGACAAGAAGCCCAACUUUCGUACCCUAGAUCAAAUAAUACUGUGGAUAAUAUUAGAGAAUUAGCAAAUUCGCCCCAAAGAGGUGUUUAUAUGUGGAAAGACACUUCUCCCGGCUAUCCCCCAUCAGAUUUUUAUCGUUCGAACCCUACUAGUCCUACACAACAGUACACUACUCCUCCUAGAACCUACCACCCCGCUGCGAGAGGCGGCGUACCCGUUUAUCCGCCGCAAAGUCCUCAGGUGCAUAGAAAACAGUUGGGAGCGGGUACACCCACCAUAACGGAUAAUAGAAGAAGACCAAUGUCGUUUGUAAGGGCGUUGGAAAUGUCCGAUACAGUAGAUACUUCCCAGUGCUCAAGUCACAUGACCCAAAGGCCCGCCACUCCAGAUCGUACUAGUAUUUAUGACAUGAACUAUGAAAUUUCGGUAUAGGGUCGGUGUAGGCACUCUCGCUACGCCGAAUGAGUGCAUCUAGUUUCUCUGCAUCAGAGAAUGAGGUAAACAUUCCGUUUACUGUUUUAUUUUAUUUUCAUUCGGGUAUUGUGAAUUUUGCGGACGUGAUUAUUUAUGCACCUAAAAAAAAUUAGCAUUUUUGAGUAAUUGAAAGGAAUCACGUUAGCAAAACUCACUCAGUCUGUUCUCCAUCCCACGGACCUUAAAUAAAUAGAGAUCAAAAGUAGGGUGUGCUGGAAGCAAGUGUGGUGUAUUCAUAUUUCAAUUUAAAUUUCGAAUGUAAUUUUUAACAGGUUUAAAAUGAUCGUUCUUAAGUAAACGGUGUAUUCUUGGUGCUAAUAAUAGAAUACCCACUCAACGUAAUUAUUUUUCGGUGGAAGUAAGUUUAUGUAGCAACAAAUAUAACCUGACAUGACACAUUUUGAAACUAACUACUAAUUUUCCCCAUGUAUAAUUAACAAAAAACCGUUGGACUAAUAGUUAUGUGGAAACAAUAAGUAUGUUUGUGAUUAGGAUGUCAUGUACACUGCGAAGUUGGCAUUUCUGGAACCGUUGACGAUAUUCAUACUGAAUACAAUGUUUACACAAACACUCACAAUUACAGUGUCUGUCGCGCGUUUCGAUAACCAAGUUAUCGUCUUGAAGGUAAAUAGUCUCUGAAGACGAUAACUUGGUUAUUGAAACGCGUGCCAGACAGUGCAAUUGUGAGUGUUGGAUAUAUUGUGACCCCUUGUCAUUGUGUGCCAUUGGGGGUAGUCAUUCCAGCUGAUCUAAUAACACUGGUUAUCAAAUUUUAAACUUUUUCUGUCACGCGACAAUUUAUACCAAAUUUUGAAUGUACUAUGGCCACAAAACAAUAAUAUAUCAAUGGAAAAAAAUUGAUACAUCAUUUCUCUUCGUCACAUCAAUACGUAUAUUUUUAUAAACAGUACAAAAAUCACUAACAUUAAAAAUAUUCCUCAAGGUACAAUAAAUAGCUAUGAUUUUCGUGAAGGUUUGGCUUCUGGUCGGUCCCUUUUAAGUCUCCAAAUGUUAGUUGCUAGCAUUCCUACUCUUUUUUUCCCUUGAUAGCACUUUUCUAUUAAGGAAAUGUCCUGAUAAAUUUCGCUUUACUCGUCAUUAACAGCACCCAAAUCCUCGGAUAAGAAAUCCAGAUUAAAGUGCGUGUAUUUUCAAAUAUAUUACAUUCCAAAGGUUUGUAUGAAAUUAUAAGCUCAUUGAUUAAGUCUUUGUAAGUUUUUUGUUUAUGGUUUUCUAGGAAAUUUUGGACAGCAUUUACAAAACAUUUCCAGACGAGUUUUUCCAGAUCAUUCAGCUUUCCUUCAAAGUUUGUAUCCUACAUUAGUUCCCGUAUUUGUGGACCAAUAAAUAUUCCUUCUUUAAUUUUUACCUCGCUGAGUUUGGGAAAUUUUCCUUUCAGGUAUAAGAAUCCAAUGCCAUCUUUAGGCAUAGCAUUUAUUAAAUUUUUAAUCAGAACGAGCUUUAUAUGCAACGAUGAUAAAAGUAUGUUGUCAGGGUUCACUAAAGGAUCAUCUUUAACAUUCUUCUGCCCUGGAUUAAGUGAUCUACGCUUGGGCGAUACUUUCUUUAUGUAUUGACUUUUUCUAUCUCUGCUGUCCCAUACGAAGAUGAAACAGCAAUAUUUUAUGUAACCAAGUUAUAGCCUGAGCAAUGACUUUAAAAUCUCCACAAAUCUUCCAAACAUGUUCACUGUAUUUAAUUUUUCCAAGAAAGAACCUUAUGAUCUCAUAAGUCUCUUUCAUAGAUCCAUGGGCAACCGGCACUGAAAGACAUUUGUUCCCGAUGCAUAGUAACAUGCUUUCAAGCUAGUUUUUGAGGUGUCAUUGAACAGUCUCCAAUGACUUGUUUGUGUGUGUGUGUAUGUGCGUUUGCGAGAGAGAAAAUGGCUUGGAAGCAAGUCCAUCAGCCACAUAAUUUUUCAAUGAUACUAUUUGAAUACUAAUUUUAAUAUCCUUGAUAAAAUUUACUAAUAGAUCUAAAGUUUGUCGGGUAUCAAUGCUUAAAAUGUGUGUGAGGUCUAAAGGUAACCAAUAAUUUUGUUGACAAGUGAUUGUAACAAAUUGUUUGCUUUAUAAAUGUGAUUGCUGCAUCUGAAAAAACAUGAUUGAGAUCAUCACAAGAAUUAUCAAAACCGGUGCGCAGAUUGUAUAAUACCCAGCUUGGCCAGAUAGGGGGUGGGGUUUCUCCCAUGACCAGUCUUCAUUUUAUGUAUACUUAAUGAGGAAAAUUUCGAAGUUGUGUAUUUGAAAUUAUAGUUCUGAGGUUUUUUUUUGAAUGAAGAUACAUCAAAACAAUUAAAAAUCAUCACAAAGCUCAUGUGACCAUUGUAAUUACACUCAUCUUGGAAAGUUCAGGAUGUGGGAUGACUCUAGUUACCAGAAAUCUUCGUCUUCUAUGUCAUACGUUCAUAGGUGUAAAUGCUCUGAAAUUCCGUAGUCUCCGAAACUUCGAGAGAAUGUGGAUAAAGGUUUUGUUCUCUGCGUAUAAGAAUCUGCACGUUGCACUCACUCUAUAUGGGCUCUAAUCAGUAUCGGUGGACCAUCAAUGAUGCAACUGUUUUGAAACAAAAUCCAAUGAUAUAAUUGUAAUCACAACUAGCGAUGUUCAAUGUAAAACUAAUUCCGAAUCUGUAGGACAUGGACUGCGGGUAUCCGGCGUUUUGUACUUUUAUGAACGAAUGACUAAUAAACGGUUGUUAACAUUAUGACGAGCUUACUAAUGUUUAUGCUAAAAAUAAAUUCACUUAAUUGGGAUGCCUUCAUUCAUAUUUCAAACUUUAUUUUCAUUUAAUCUGCGUUUUCAUAUCAACUUCCCAAUUUGAGAGAGAAGAGACUCGUUUUUCUUUUAUUUUUGACAAUACUGUCAAUAAAUAUUUUUCCGAUAAUGAAAAUUUGGCAGCUACAUAAUCAAUAUUUCUGUCAAAUCCGUAGUAAGUUUAAUUAAAAAUUGAAUACACCGCACUUAAAUAAUUGUUGUUCAACUCCUAUGUUUAUAUUUUUAGUUAUUAUACUCUUGUAAAGACCCCGUAUUCGAGGCUUGUGUUGUUUUGUUGUUUUAAUGUUUUUUUUUUUGUUUAUGUUUCCUUAGCUCUAAGAAAUAUCACAUUUGUUUCUAAUUAUUAGAUUUAUGUAAAAAUAAAAUUCUAACAAAAGUGAGAGGCUGAUGUGUUCCACUAUAUAUAUUUUAUUUACAGGCGGAAUUCUUACCGUUGACGGUAACAAAAAUUUAUAAAAAAACUUUCUUUUGUUUUAAUUCUUGAACCAUUAAAUACAGUUUUAUAUAUCGUGA